GUCGUCAGUUCGACAACAGCUGUUUUGGGUUGCGCGCGUUUCUGAACGACUCCCGUCUCACGAGUUACAAAAUACCGAACGUAAAAAGAAACGUCAUAAUUCGCGAAACAGAAUUGGCGGUCUACGAAAUUUAUUAACAAUUUUAUAAACUAAAACAUAAUAAUCUACAACAGUGCGACCGUGAAAUAUUAGUGCAGAUAAUUCAUGUGCCGUUACUUAUACAGAGUGCAUUGGUUCGGUUUGUAAGACAUUUAUAAGAUUGUUUAUUUGGCAACCUACUUGACUGUUCUAAUUGGUGACUAGUGUCGAAGUUGUUUUCCUCGUUUGAAAAUGCUUGUAGACUCACUCUUCUCGAUAACAUGAGUGAGUAGAGCUAGUCAGGUGGAGAAAAUCGCAAGCGGCCUCGAGUUUCAUUCGUGUCGAAAAAGGCAUGACCUUAUAAAUGAAGGAGUCAGUUCCUGACGACAUUAUGCUGUGUUUUGUCCAAGGAUUCGAUGGCGAACGCAGUUAUAAACCUAGAGAACUGUCCGAGGGGGCAGAAGUUAGUGGAUCUAGGUUGUCGAAAAAACGACAGCAAAGAAGGUUGACUGUUCAUAUAGAAAAUGAAAUUAUUGGAGAUCAAGUGGAGGUCAGACGAAAAGCGGCGACGGCUGACGUGGUGACGUCUGGAGACCCUCUGGAAAUCAGAAGUAAAAAGUCUCAGUCUCAGUUGCUGGUGACUGGGAAGUCACUACGAUUGUCAUCUGGAGACAGAUUAUUGCAUAGGUUGCCAGAAGUGAAGAGGAGCUUCAGUGAUCGCUUCUCUGUCCUCACCGAUGCCAGCGGAAAGAGGCCUGCCAAAGGGCUGUUGACUAUUCGAAAGACUUGGUCUACCGGCAACUUCGCGGCGGGCGCGGGCGCGGGUGGCGGGUGCGGCGCCCCGCGCUCCGCCCCCGCCACCCCGCUGCAACUCGAGCCGCAUCCACGAGCCAAGCACGACAAGCAUGCAGUAAAGCCGCUCUCAGGGUCGGCGCCGUCGGUGCGCGUAUCGGCGCUGGCAACGAGCGACACCGCGGACGGCAAGCAACCCAGCAAGGCGCGCCAGAAGAAGUUCCAGCGACACUUCCCACAGGUCGGACCCGAGGAGCGCGUGCUCAAUUACUAUUCCUGCGCCUUGGUCGGAGACCUCCUGUUGCAAGGUCACUUGUACAUUACCAAGAACUACUUCGCCUUCUACUCAAAUGUUUUCGGAUACGUUACUAAGCUCCUCAUACCAAUCACCUCUGUGCUCCGCAUCACGAAGGAGAAGGUGGCGCGCAUCAUUCCGAACGCGGUGGGCGUGUGCACGCGAGACGAGCGCCACGUGUUUGGCUCGCUGCUGUCGCGGGACUCCACCUACAAGCUCAUGACGCAUGUGUGGAAGGCCAGCCGCGCGCCCGAACUAGCCGCGCCUAAACCAAGCCAGGAGCUCCGCGCAUCAGAGAUAGAGUUGGACGCGUCAGAGUACUCCCCGGAGGAUGACAGCAGCUCUGGCGGCGCGGACCAGCACGACUCCAAGACUCCGCCCGUCAAGCGGGAACCAGAAGCCAUUAUCUCAACUGUUCCGUUGCUCCCAGCGGGCGCGGCGGUGAUCCAGCCGGCGUUGCUGACGGGCAGCUCGGCGCCGCGCCGCACGCCGGGUGCGUGGCAGGCGCUGCUGCUGGCCGCGCUGCUGCUGCUGGCGGCUUCUGCGCUGCUGCUGGCCUACCGCCUGUACGAGGCGCGCUCGCAACCGCAGGAGGAGCUAUUAAAGUUAUCUGGUGAGGAGUUGUACAUGGAGCUGAUGCGGUGGCGGACGCGGCUGCACGGCCGAGCCGCAUCGGAACUGCAUGCAUUCCUCUCCACCAACCUGCUGUUGCUCACUAAGGUUCGACAAUCUCUGGAGGCGCUAUCAGGCGUCAUACUGACAGAUAUGGCGCACGGUGGCGCCCCCUACAAUGUGGAUGUUCCCAACGAGACCGCCUUCAGUUAGCGCGCUCAGUGACAACAGACUGCUUAGUUUAUUUACUUUACCAUCUAUAUGUAUCUCGUGCAUUUCAAGGUAAUCAGACUCAUCGCUACCAUUCUCGUAUUUGGUUGUGUGAAGAAUGAUCUAGAAAAUAGAAACGUGCUAACUAGAUUCCAUUUUAGUGUUUCUUAUGAUACCAUGAUGCAAUUUCAAGUCUCCAGAACUUGAAUUCGUGAGCAUUCUAUGUUAACUUGUCAACUUAUUAGUAAUGAAUUUGAUGUUUUAGAAGCUAAAAAGACCGUUUAGGAAAAGUCCAAAGUUACUAUGUCCCUUAAUGUACAGAUAAGUAUAAAUGUGAUCGUCAUUGUACAUAAAUAUCGUGGGAGUCAGUCGUGCGUCUAUAAGGCAACGUACUACGUCAUAUUAUAUGUGUCAAACACAGUUAGGCUAAGGAUUAUGGAUGUAGGCCGAGAUUUUAACUUUGCUUAGGCUUGGUUGGCUCAAAAGUUACCUGGUAGCCAAGAAGAAAAGAAAAUGUUCAUUUUAGUUGCUUUUUUGGUAAAUUAAAGUUUAUAAAUUGUCAUGUAACUUAAAACACUACAUUUUUUGCCAUUGAAUUUACCUAAUAUAAUUUUUAUCUUCACGACCGAGCCAAAGUAAAGUAUUUAUCUCGACUUUAGAUGUUAGACAUCGUCAUAGUCACAAUUGAGUAAGUUCGAGGGCGGUACCGUGCAUUCUCACCUGAUUCUCGCUCAAAUCGUUGAGGCGAUUUGUAUGACAGGUACCAAAGUUUUCUUCUGAGCGUAUAUGAUUGUGAAUGUGAUUCAGGCAGUGGUGCUAGUUAGGAUAUUUUAAACCAACAUUCCUCGGUCGUGGUGGGGCUGUUAGCCGAAUAUUUGAAAUUAGCUCUCAUGUAAUUUGGCUCAAAGAGAAAUUGAUCACUUAAAACUUUUCAUAUUAAAUCGACCUUUUUUUUUAAAGAGAUUACAUUCAUAUCGUUAUUUGGCAUUUUGAUCUGACUCUAACUAUGUUAUCUUCGUGACAACAGUGAGUUGAUACAAAAAUGCUCAAUAUACGUUAGGCCAAAAUUUCCCAAACCAAAAAAGAAACUUCUCCAAUUUUAUAAGUUUAUGAAUAGGUUACAUCUGUAGUGUGGUUCAAAUAUUCGGCGAAGACAAGUGCGGAAGAUAGAUGAAAUAAUGACAAUAUGGGAAUGGGAAACCGUUGUUAGUCCAAGCUCGUUUGCCAAAUUGUUUCCAAUAUCUUGCCAAUUCGUAUGACAUUGUUUUAUCAUUAAUCCCAGACAUAUACGGUAUUAUUUUUGUGCGAUUUGUGUGUGGAGAUUAGACACUAUGAAUUACUAGAGUUUCAUUUGAUUAGUCAAGCGUUUGUGGUCCUUAAGGAGACUGGCUAUGGACUGGUUAUGGAAACCUUAAAAAUAAAACAUAAAAUUCGAUUAAUUGUACCUUAUUUGUUUGGAAUACCGACACAUACCAUCUUUAUUAUUUCUAAUCUCCCAUUAAACACAAGCGUCACGCAAAAAAAAAUGUUUUGUCAUAAUCAUAAUGUAGGUAUCUGUAAAAGUUUUAUUGGGCAGUCAAAACUGCGGAAGCAAUAGAUGUAGAGUGAAAUCGGGAAAUCCUCCCAAUUAGCAUUUGAAUAACUUGCAAAAACGCAAUAAGUGACAAUCCAUGUUCUCUUUCGUUUCUUUACGAGUGCGACGGAGAACGAUAUAGUUAAACAUGAAAUUUGGUUAUCGUUGUUUUCGUUUAGUACAUUUUCUUCAAGAUGAGUAGACGAGAACUUAAACGAUUACGUAUAUUUUACUGGUAUCCUUUAUAAUCAUAGUCAAGUUAUACGGAAAAUGUAAAGUAUAUUAUGAUAAUUUUAUUGUUCUAGUCUUCGGUAAAACUCAAGGGAUUCUUUUCAAUUCUAAGAGGUUUAUGUAUAGUAGUACUUAUUUUGUGUUUAUUGAGAUUUGUAAUUAUUAUCUGUCGUUUUGGUUACCAAUUUACUUGAAUAUUUAUUCUUUGUAAUUUUCACGUGCUUCAUGGAAAACGGGUAGUUGUAUUUAUAUGUUAUUGUUGCAUUGACAGUUUAAACUUUGUAACAUUCGCUCAGGUAAGCGCUAAACUAUAUUGCUCUUAGUCACUCAGUAGUUACCCUGUAUGAGUGCGAGGGAGAUAGAUAUAGUUAGUUUCACUUCGCAGCAAUUCUAUUAUCAUGCCGAUGUUUAUGAUUCGUUGCCGCUAUUUGUUUGAAUAUAUUAUUUCUAUUAGGAGAAUUAUUACAUUUACAUUCUUAUGUCGAUAUAUUAAGAGUUGAUGUUGCAAUGCAUUGUAUCCAUUGAUAUAUUUUGGUAUCGUAAUUAUGUAGUUUGUUACCUUACAUGUGAAGAUUUUUAUUGUUUAUUGUGCAUAUAUAUUGGACAUCAUAAUAUUUAAUAUCAAUACAUCUUUAAUCCUAAUUAGAGGUAUUUUUGUUAUUUAUGACUAUUUCAAAGUAAGAUAUAUUUUUACCUAUAUUUAGUAUUUCAGCUUCAACAAUUUAGUGAUAUUGCACAAUAAACAAUAUAGAUCCAAAAUGGCCUAAUCUCGUUGCUAGGUUACCAUCAGUGCCAAAGUGUGAGAACACUCCUAUUGAUUUCUCAACGAACUGGGCCUUUGUACCUUAUUCCUAACUUAAAUUAUCGCAAACACUUCUCGCUACGAGUGAAAAGGACGGAACUAUAUGAACAAGUGAGAAAAUUGACAUGAACAUUCUGAAAUGUAUAUAGCUGUCUCUUUCAGUUGUUGUAAACAUUUGGCUGUCGUAUGAGCAGGAUAGAAGCGGGAGUUGAGUUGCGUUAUGCGUUUACAUGAGAUUGUAAGUGGUACAGUGGAGAAGCAACAUAACAUAAAUACAGCCUACAUAUGUCCCUGCUGGGCACAGGCUUCCCGUCAAUCAAUCGGAGCAGGAUAUGGAACAAAUUUGAUUUACAUUUAAUUUUGGAGACGCAGAUGUUUCUUUUAUUAGGUACUUAUUUAAAAAAAUAUAAACUAGUUACUUUCCACUCCACCACUUCCAAUGCCAGAUGUGAACAUUUCGUCAUUGAUUAUUGCCAAAGACAAAAUAUUAGACUAAUCGAGAUAUCAGACGGUAGUUAGUUUUAUUUAAGAGUGUACGCUUUGUACGGGCAUUCUGACUAAUUAACGUAUUAUUUACAAUUUAUUACAUGUUUGAUGCACUAUACGCAUAAAAUGCAAUAAAAGAUAGAAGACCGGGGGGUUAAAAAGCAAUUCAUAUAAAAUAGCAAUAUUGCAAUUUGACAUUUGCGCAUAUAAAAGUAAGUGCGUAAUGCAAACAAUCAAGCAGUGCGCAUAGCAAUUCACUGAGAAACAAUAGUGUUAUUUGACAUUUCUUGACAUUGCGCACUUUUAUAUGCGCAAGUGUCAAAUUGGAAUAUUGUUUUUAGGUGAAUUGCUUCCGUGUGUCAUUUUUAACCCCCCCAAGGAGUUUUAAUAGGCCUGUUUAGUACAUAUAAGGACCUUUUCCUGUGCAAUAAAGUGAUUUUGUUAUAUCGAAUUUAUUGUGAUUUUGUUUAUUUAUUAAAUUACGAAGCGAUAUCUGUGUGACAGAUGCCCGUAUAGAUAUACACUUGAUUUAGUGAGGUUUGUACAAUAGUUAGUAUUAGGUAGGAUCACGUUAUUUUAAUUUAAAUACAUGUAAAUUAUUAAUAUUUUUGUAAGAUAGUAAAUGUUAUUUCAUCAUAUGUAACCGAUUCUUUAUUCGUGCAAUAGGUUAAAGCCAGUGACAUGCGGACGUAGGUGGUUAAUGUAAAAAUGCAUUUUAUUACCAUGAAUUAAGGUACAGUGUAUGAGUUGUUUUAAUUAGUAGUUUAAGAUUGAAAUAUGGUGAUUUGGUGGCUGUAUCUUGUUUAUUUCCGUAGUAUUUGGGUCAUUUGCACGAACUAUUCAGUUUUCAGAAAAUUCUGUGUGUGUCAUGGUGAGUUUUAAAAAAAGCGAAGGGUUACGCGUGCGCCAAAUCAUCUGGUAAGUACGUUUAGCCAUAUAUAUCAGUCAUAUCGCUUAACACCAGGCUGGAUCACGACCCAUGACCACGGUCAGACGCACUCAAAUCUUUUAAUAAUAAAAAUAAACAUUUCAGUUAUAUUCUUUACAUUAUUCACCAGUGUUCUAUGAUUAAUUGGUACAUUUAUCAUUGAUCCAAGAAAUGUGAAUUUAAUAUGCCUCUGCAUCAAAUGAAAUGCUGCUUCGUGUCAUACUUCAUUCUAGCAUCCUUGAUAGAGUUCGACAAACGCGUGACUCACAUCGUAGUGUCCGGUUCGAAUCCUGUCUUAGGUUCUAAAUCAGAUUCAACUUUAUGAGUUAGAAUCAAGUAGGAAGUUUGGAUCAUACAUAGACUGGGGUCGAUUAAUUCUUUCAAAUAUUUUUCCUCAGACGACGCCCUGAGCCGAGUUUCGCGCCCGACUGGGCACCCUCAGGCCUGUUGUCUUAAACGUUGUACCGGGUGAGAGCCUUCAGCGCUCCCCAUUUGUCCGGCCAAGUAGUUAAUGCCAUCUGCGGCAAAUCUACAAUAAGUCACGUCAAAAAAAAAGGAUCAUACAUAAUUGAUAUCACUUGGUUUCUAGGAUUUGUUCCCAGUGAACGGCAAUAGGCUCGCCCCCAUUACAUGGGACCAAAACAUCUGGCGAGGAAUGGGUGUAUACACUAUACAAGUAUACAUUCUUCCCACCCUUUCGGGGAUACCGAGUGAUGCUAUGUUAUGUAGUCUGUUGAUUGGUCGAUGGAUCUGUUGAUGCACAAGUUUGCCUCUUGAUAAUAAUUUCGAUACAAUUUUUGUUCGUGCAAGUGAUUCAACUGUUAUAAUAUGGUAGAUGUGGAAUUAAUGUUCGGUGGGCCCUUUCCUUUGCUCAUAUACAAAAAUGGAAUGUACCGCGUAAAUGUGGGUCUAUAAUAAAUUAUGUUAUUUCUACUGCGUAGGAAUUGUUAGUAUUUGUUUGAUUAUCUGACGUUUUUUGUAUAUUUGUUUCGAAUUAUGUUUGUUUGUUGUUUAAUGUAAAUAAUAGACAGAUGAGUUAAUUGAA